UCUGGGGCGGCUAUUGGCCCACGUUAAUGAAUGACUCAACGCACUUUGGUUACGAUUCACAACUCAUCGGCUCAGUUUUUGCUUUCCUGAACAUGAGAUUUAAUUUUAACAGUUAAUACCAGUAUAAAUGAUCUUAAUUAUGGUCAUCUUAACACAAUGUUCUCCCUUUAGAGAGCGGUGUAGACUACCUGUUCUUCUCUGUUUGGAAACUUUGAAAAUAGUUGACCAAUGCCCAGUGGUGUAUUAAAAUUAGGAAUACGGGAUAACUAUUUGCAUAUGAGUGCCCAUUGAUUUAGGUAUUUUUACGUUUUGACAAUAUUAGGCUUAAACUUUUCUGUUUACUCUGUAUAUGGCUCUUGGGACCUGAACAUUUCCAUAGUUGCAACGCAAGUUGCAGCAUAUCAUGUCUUGCCCACAGUAGAGUUUAUUAUUUUUCCACUGGCUUCAUAGUUUCACAGCGUUGCCAUGUAAGUGAAUGUCAUUUAUCUUACACUGUAGAUGUUUAAAAAAAAAAAGAAAAAAAAAAAGAAAAGAAAACCCAUCAGCUACCACAUCACGGGGCUCCGCGGGAAAACAGCAGCUGAUACUUUUUUCCUCUUUCCACAGUUCCUCAUGUAUUUCUCAGUUUAAACAAGCUCAAAUGUUGACAUUAUCUCCCAGGCACACUUCAAAAGCAGUGAAAAUCUCCUGAACGUGACAAUAAAAUGUUACUUCUCUGCCUGUUAAAUCUCAACAUUCCUUGUCUUGUCUCCCCUCACAGAGCUCCUGCUCGUCCUCCAGAAUGUUCUCUUUGAGGAAGGUAUCUUAUAGGUAGCAAUCAAUCACUGUGGACUGUGACGUGGAGAUGGUCACUUGGGCCGCCUUGCUGACAGUAUGCAUAUGGAUACAGACAUACAUCGCCUCAGGGCAGCACACAUGUCCUGCUCCUCAGAGGCCGGUGGAUUUCACUGUAAAAUAUUCCCUCCCCCACUUCCAGUCAGACAAACCCAUACAGAACAUAGCGGUGCAGACGGAUUCGCAGCAGCCAGAGGUGUAUGUUGGAUGCCAGAAUGUAAUAGAGGCAGUCAACUAUACUAUGCAAAAAAUAUGGGAAGUGAGAACUGGACCUGUUGGCAGCCCAGAAUGUCAAACCUGUCAGGUGUGUGACAUAGAAACAAAUCCUGGGGAUCCAGUGGAUACAGACAAUGAGGUUCUGCUUUUGGAUCCUGCAGGAUUUCCCUAUUUGUACUUGUACAUCUGUGGGAGUACUCAGCAUGGGAUCUGUUACUUCAUUGAUGUUUCCUUUCCCCAGCCUGAGCCUCAGUGUCUGUACAAAAAAGAGCAAAACUCUCCAUCCAACUGUCCUGACUGUCUGGCCAGCCCACUUGGCACCACAGUCACCAUUGUUGAACAGGCAGCCACGUCCUUGUUCUUUGUAGCAGCCUCUGUCAAUGACGAAGUGGCACAGAGGUAUCCCAGGAGGUCCAUAUCAGUGAUGAGGCCACUUUCAACUGAAGAUGGCUUUCAUAUGGUCACAAAUGGCCUGACAGUGCUCCCCAGUUUCCGGGACUCUUACCGGAUUAAUUACAUCCACAGCUUCUCUACCAAGGAGUAUGUUUACUUUCUGUCCCUGCAAAGAGAAAAUCCCUCAAGGAAGAAUUCGGCUUUUCAGACUCGUCUGGGACGACUGCCCAUAUUAAUUCCUGAGGUGUGGAUGUACAGAGAGGUGGUCCUGGAGUGUCGGUAUGAACCAAAACGCAGGAGACGGAGUGAGGGUUACAAGGACAUUGUGUAUAACGGGCUACAAGCAGCCCACUUUGGUCGAGCCGGGAAGGACUUGGCCGAAGAGCUGGGGGUGGACGAGAAAGAAGAUAUUCUUUACGGGGUGUUUGCAGAGGUGAAUGAGCACGGUGAACCUCAGAAAAACUCAGCCCUGUGUGCUUUCCCUUUGACUAAAGUAAACCUUGCGAUUGACAAGGGCGUGGAGGCCUGCUGCAAGUCAGGUACAGAGCAGCUGUCCAGAGGUCUGUGCCACUUCCAGCCAUGCGAGAGCUGCCCACAUGAAAGCUCUGAAGGUAAUGACACAUGUAGUGACAUGCCCACUCUGGUGUCAAAGCCAUACUACAGAGUAGACCUCUUCAACAGGCGGAUGAGAGAUGUCCUGUUCACUUCUGUCCUGGUCACCACUCUUGGGAAUUGCACGCUGGGCCAUUUUGGUACCUCAGAUGGCAGGAUACUGCAGGUGGUUCUUACCACGUACAGGACUUUGGUUUUUGCCAACUAUUCUCUGGGAGAGGCCGCAAUAUCCAGGACAGCAACUGUGUACUCAAAGGAUUUACUUCUCUUUGUCGCUGGAAAUAAGAUGUUCAGGGUGCCCACUGCAGGACCAGGGUGUACUCAUUUUAUGACAUGCUCCGCGUGUCUGACGGCUCCACGCUUCAUGGACUGUGGCUGGUGUUCAGGAAUCUGCUCGCGGCAGCAUGAAUGUACCUCUCAGUGGAACAAAGACUCUUGUGCACCUGUCAUAACAGAGUUUUUCCCAAAGAUGGCACCUGCUGGUGGGGAGACAGAGGUGACAUUAUGCGGAAGGGACUUUCAGUCCGGUCUGCGACCUGCCAUCAUCAGCGGCAAAACCCACAUCAUCACAGUGGGCUCUGGGACUUUGUGUACUAUCCUGCCUGAAAAGAGCGAGAGUGAAUUGCUAGUAUGCAGGAUUCACGACCAAACACCAAACCAGAACCUUAACAUCACUCUGGAAGUGCACGAGGGUGAAGUGGAAGGUCGCUACUCAAUCGAAGGCAUAGCUCAGAAGUCUGGCUUCUCUUUUGUGGAGCCGAGCAUAACAGAAAUCAGACCUGACUACGGGCCCUUGUUUGGAGGAACAGAGGUUACACUGACAGGCAGGUAUCUUAGUUCUGGGAUACAGAGAGAUGUCUUCUUUGGAAACAACAAGUGUAACAUUCAAAGUGCUCAUGAAAGAAGUGGGGCUUUAUCUUCAAUCGUCUGCAACACAACAGCUGCAGCAUCUGUCGGGACGGUACAUGUGAAAGUUGUCAUUGACAGCUCUGAAGUGACCGCCACUAAGAUGUUCUCCUACAAGAAAUACCCUGUUAUAAACUCUGUAUAUCCUCAUUGCAGUUUCAGACGUGGCUCCAAGCUGGUGAUAGAAGGUCAGAAUCUUGACUCUGCCCACAGAACUGUGGUUCAGUACACUCCCAAUAAUCUCCAUGAGCAAUCUGUUCAACAAGUGUGCAAUGGCACAGCAAAUGCCACGCAUAUGGAAUGCUGGACCCCUGCUUUUCAAGAGGAAAUGCCACAGGAAAAGUCUGACACAGGACAGAUUUUUAUUCACAUGGAUGGAGGACGUGACCUCUGGAAGAGACGUUUUGACUACCACCCUGACGCCAAAGUCAUUCCCUUUGAAAAUGAUGACAAUGAAUUACCUUUAAAACCAGGAGAUACAGAAGUAUCAUUGCAUCAUAGUAAACUGAAUACAGUGAGCACAUGCAUGAAGAUCACAAUGACCAUCGGUGGCGUGGACUGCAACGUUCAAGUGCUGCUAAACGAGCUGACGUGCAGGAUUCCUAAAGGCCUGAUCAUUCCCAGCGAGGGAUUGCCCGUCAAGGUGUUUGUGAACGGGGAAGAAAAUGACGUGGGUAAAGUGGUCUAUUACAACAACAAAACUUUGAUUGUGGGCAUUAUACUGGGGAUCCUUGCUGCACUUGCAGCGGGUGCUGGCCUAGCAUUACUCGUGAUGAUCCAUAUAAGGAAGAAAAAGAGAGCUGAAGUAGAGAAUCGUUUAUCAACAAUGCUUUCACGGAACCGCAUUGGCAGCAACUCUGAUUUCUCGCCGACAGGGGACUACAGGCGAGUAGAUCUGUCCAGUCAAACAUCAGGAUCAGGAGGAAUGGCAUUCCAAGGUUUAUUAUAUGCUGCCAGCUAUGAUCAUCUGACCAUCCCUUUAGUGCCACUGGACAAUAACUCCAUGAGUUCUGAUCUCCUUGAAGAGGUCAAAGAUGUGCUGAUCCCUGCUGACAUGCUCAGAAUUGAGGAUAGCCAGAUAAUUGGCAAAGGCCACUUUGGGACAGUUUACCAUGGAUACCUGAUAGACAGCAAUAAGCAAGAGACCCACUGCGCUGUAAAAUCGUUGAACAGGAUCACAGAUUUGAGGGAGGUGGACCAGUUCCUUAGAGAAGGCAUCAUCAUGAAAGGUUUCCACCAUCCUAACAUACUGUCUCUGCUGGGCAUCAUGCUACCUAAAGAAGGGCUCCCUCUGGUGGUGCUACCAUACAUGAAGCACGGGGAUGUGCGUCAUUUCAUCCGUUCUGAGAAAAGGAACCCAACAGUGAAAGACCUGAUCGGGUUUGGGCUUCAGGUUGCCAAGGGGAUGGAGUAUUUAGCCCAGAAAAAAUUUGUCCACAGAGACCUGGCUGCACGUAACUGCAUGCUGGAUGAAACCUUCACGGUGAAGGUGGCUGAUUUUGGCAUGGCGAGGGACAUCUAUGACAAGGAAUACUACAGCGUUCAAGAUCACAAGCGGGCAAAGCUGCCAGUGAAGUGGAUGGCCAUUGAAAGCCUGCAAACACAGAAGUUCACCACCAAGUCUGAUGUGUGGUCGUAUGGCAUCUUAAUGUGGGAGCUGUUGACCAGAGGUGCCAGUCCAUAUCCAGAUGUGGACCCCUAUGAUAUCACAAACUACUUGUUAAAGGGACGUCGGCUUCCACAGCCACAGUUUUGUCCUGAUACACUGUAUUCAAUCAUGCUGACAUGUUGGGACCCAGAGCCUGAGCACAGACCUAGCUUCCACAGCCUGGUUACAGACAUCCAACACAUCCUGUUCUGUCUGGAAGGAGAGCACUACAUCAGUCUGAAGGUUACCUACGUCAACUUAGACCAGCCAAGGCCUUACCCCUCCCUCAGCGGAUCUGCAGAGGAGGCUGAGGCCUCAGACUUGGACACAGACUGUCAUGCUGCCAGCUGAGUGUCUCAGAGCCCUAAGACUCUGACAGGAGCAGGAUCCGGAGCAUAGAGGAUGAGGGACAGCUCACCUCUUCACAUAGUUGGUUGAUCAUGUCCACAAACCUGAGGAUUUGAGAGACGGUUUGGCCAGUGAUUUAAGACACUUUAGGUUCUACAAACUCUUACUGGAGCUGAGACAAAAUCACGCUGGAAGUUUUAUGCUUUUCCUAACAUCUAAAGCACAAGUGUGAAUGAGACAAAGUGAAUGUAACAUGUGCUUUUGUUCUCAGAUUUAUAGGAAAGGAUGUCAACGUCCAUGAGGAUAUUUUAUAUAUGCCUCAGUCAGUUUAUAAGAAAGUUAGACCCGGGGUCUAUGAAUGCUGACUUGUGCUCAGGGGUCAAAUUUGUUUUUAUUUGUUUUCUCACAUUUGUUGUGCUAUAUGGGGAUAUAAUAUAUAUCCCCUUCAUAUUGACUUUAGAAGGUAAUGUUAACACAAGGUUAUGUGUGCAUGCGAAAUCAUCACGCUGGAUGCAGCUCCAUUGAUCCUCAAAAAUCUCUGCACCUAACUGAAUUAUACAGUCAGCUCUCUGUGCAACUGUACCUGUCAGUAUCACUAGAGGGCAACCGAUGCCUCCUUCUAUUCUUCAUACUUGAGUUACUGCUGCAGUGGUGCUCUGCACUACAGAGGACAGCUCAACACAAAGGUGUUACACAAACAAUUUCUCAACUCUAUUUAUCUGCUAAGCAAAUGUGACAAAUUCAGUCUUUCAACCCAAUCAUCACAGCGCAGUAUAUGGCAUAUUUUGGGGGCUUUCUAUGUUUCUUGCAUGUGAUUAAAAUGAUCUCCACAGCAAAUUAGACAGUCCAAGGCAUUUGAGAAUGUAAGCACUAGACAAUGCAGAAUCGUUUAACCAAAGAAAUGGUUUAUAUUGACCUGCAAUCUUUCUACCAGGGGCAAUGAAUUUGGAUCCCAUAUACUUGAUUUUUGCUGCUGCGUUUCUGUCCCUCCUUUGAAGAUUGAACUGUGCUCUGGGUUGCACUGUAAAUAGUGUUUUUGAACAAAAAGAUGGUUUAUUGCAAAUACUUGUCUUUAAAAUGUGUGUAUGUCUCCCCAGACUUGUUUUUUUCUAAGCACAUCCUGAACAAACAAUAAGAAAAAAUCCUGCUGCAGAUGGUCAAACAAGACAGUUCCACCUAAAACGUUUUAUUCUUAACUUAACCAGAAUACCGGUUAAAAAAAUAUGGAGAUAACUAGAGCAAGACGAGGCACAGGAGUUCAUCAUGAAAGUGGAUCAUCAAAGCCACUGGAAAAAAAAAAAGCUUCCGAGUUCAAUGACACAUGGUCUGAGGCAGCACGACUCUUGUUCUGUGCCAGGUGGAAGAGAGGAAAAACACAUACUGUUAGAGGUCUGAAUUAUGUCAGCUCAGCUACAGUGAAAACCGCAUGCUUCUGCCUAAUCUGUGUAUCUAGCAUUUGUAAUAUUCUCUAUGAAUAAUUUAUGGUUCUAAAAAAAGAUUUUUUUUUUUUUUUUUUUUUUUUAAUCCCUUGCCUUCAGGUACUGAAAAAGGUGGCGUUAAUAAUGUCAAGUGCUGGUUGUGUUCAGGUGGGGGUUCGAGAUUUGAAAAUGAUGUGAUGAUUCCAGCUGAAGACUGAACAAAAACCAAACCAUGUAUAUAUUUUUUUUCUGUCAUGAACAAUGGUCAUAUGAGAGAUUUACUUUUAUUUACAGAAGCAAACAUAAAAUGCAAUGUGCCCAAAUGGUUACUGGUCAGUUGAAGAACUGGUUAUGAUGAAAUACAGAUCUUUUUGAAGAGUAUUUAUCGACUGCACAUGAUGAAGAGGAGGUGAGGUGUGGGAAAGAAGGGUUAGACAAUAAAUAAAUGUUAUGAGUUGUACAUGAACCCACAGUGAGGAAGAAACACAACAUGUACCUACACCUCAGCCCUGUGGGCCACCAAAUAUAAAGGCUUCCAGAUGCCACAAAAUAGCCUUAAGUCUUUAAAGUAAGUCUCUGAAUAGAUGUCUGGGCUCUUCUUUGUGUCACCUCAUGAUUGAUCUGCCAGUUCAGCUUCUGGGAUUGUGUGAAUGCUGUUGGCAGUUAAAAUAAAAUUGGGCAUUAAACAGGAACACUGGCAUUGGAAUCAAAACUUGAAAUGAAAGAUGAAAGACUGGCACCCGCUUUGAAGAUGGGAAAGUUGAAAAAAGUUGCAUCGAAUUUUAUUUGUACAGAUUUGACUAUGGAUCUGUUUUUCUUAUUUUUAAUAUUUUUUAUUUUUUUGUUUGUUAGUUUGUUUUCGUUUAGAUGCCAGUUUCUCCUUUUUCUGUUUAGUUUUUGGCUUUGAACUGUAUUGGACAACUUCCAGGUUUGACCCCGUUAACAGACAUACUGUAAUACUGUAAAUGAGAAGUAUGUUGCUAAGGGAGAAAGUAAGCCUGCUCAGCUGACUAUGUGUGGAUUAGAAAGUGUGUUGGCGGGCCUCUUUUUGAAACAAAAAGAACUGAUGACCAAAACAUUCAAUGAAUGUAUCGAUUUAAUCACUUGUGUGAGAAAAUCAGCCUCUUUUAGCUCUGCACAGCUUAAACAGAGAGUCUGUGAUUUAUUUAGCAUUGCACUAUAAAGCAGGGGGCAUUAAAGUCAGAAAGUGGUAACUACACCAACUCCGAUAUGACAUGAAUGUGGCGUAAAUCCAAGUCGAGAUAACCUGGAUGACAUCACCUGGGUUAGAGUCUGUGAAAACACAACACAACACAACUGUUCACGGACUGUGUAGUAUAGCUUACUCCCCAUGAAGAGCAAAUGGACUUUCAUGAAUAAAAUUUCCCUUUAAAGAAGUUUUCUUCUAUCAAGGCAAAUAAUGAGCUGGGGAUUGAUUGAACCAACCAUAAAUGGAUCAAUGAAACGCCUGGUUCUCAGAAAGAAGCUCCUGGGCACCUACACCAAGUGUCAGUCGGUCUACUUAUUCAGAAAGCACUAAAUAUGCUCCUUCCACACUUAUACAGACACACACACACACACACACACACACACACACACACACACACAGCCCAUCUCAUGCCAGUAGCACAGUGAGCUGCACUGACAGCGGACCCCUAAAGUGUCUGGUCUAAAAUUCCUUUUGUUGUCUUCAAGUGUAUAUAUUUAUAAAUAUUUUACACUUUCAUUUCACACUGCCCUGGUUUCGAAGCGCGGUUCGGUUGGAAUCUGCGAAACUGCAAAUGUCGUGCAGCAGCUGUUGUGUGAUCCAUGACAAACUAGCCAAGGGAAAAGAAACUAGCUAGUCUUGGCUAGCUGUUUUUCUACUGAGACUUAACACAAAUUUGUGUUCCACAGAUGGGAGGACACAAGAGAAGUAGCCAGUUUGCACAGUUGGUGUAGCUGUCAGAGUUUAAAUCUUAACUAUGGACACCUGGUGUAGGGACAUUAUUCCCAGGAGCUGCAGUGAUGAUGAGUAAGGAUGGACCACUGGUUUUAAAGUGCCAAACAAUGACUGUGGCCAGUUUUUAUCUGAGUGAGCUGUAGCAUGUUUGAUGUGCAUUAUUUUUUGAUGUAAGCUAAAAAUGUAUGAUCUCUCUACUCCUCCUUAUUACCAGAUCAGAGAAACUGCAGAGAGUUCACUGAGACACAGAGAAACAAUCAGUAACAAAUGAUCAAGCACACUCAAAACAAGGCUGUGAGCUUGGAAGCAGUGGGGCUCUGACCCUGUCACAGCCGGAUGCUGACAAAGCUCUGCUAAUAUAUCCAUCCAUGCUAUAUAUCUGGUAAUUCAUCUGUAUCGUGACGGAAAUGAGAAGUUCAUCUAAUGAGCUUUUGGCUUUGUUGUAGUACGAGGCAUUCAGACGUUCUGCAUUGCACCACUUGGUAUGAAAUGGCCCGAGGAGUAAGAAAAGUGAACGUGCCUGAUUCACUGCUGUUGAACCUUUCCGUGCAGGUGUUUUGAGCUGGAUUGUGUACUGUGGGCUGUGCAUUCACAGUCUGAAGUUUCUCAACAUCGCUCAAGGUAUCUCAGCUUUUCAAGAUGUUGGUGAGAAAAAGUCUGCAGAGGGAGACAGGGAAAGAAAAUAUGACAAUGCAAUGAGACAAUGCAUAUUUGAUUUGUCACAAAGAAAUGUACAUAGUAUAUAGUUUUUUUUUUUCCUGUUGCAGCGUUGUAUAAAAAGCUAUCAAAUUUAACAAAUCAGCUGUGAAGUAUUUUUGCAUUUUUCUCUAUAAUAAAGACUGAGAAAUUCACUCAGCUCAAGCCCA